CGUGUAUCCACGACACGACACGACACGACACGCCUGACUGACUGACUGACUGCUGGCCGACUGGGCCGACCCGGCUGUCGCCUUUCCCUUGACCACCUGCUGGUCCGCUUCGGCUUUGGCUUUGGCUUUGGCUUUGGCUCUGCCUGCAAGUCCCCUCACUUGACCUCUCCCUCUUCUGCUCUUUUACCCUUUUACUCCCCUCCCUCUCCUUCUUUUUCCUCGACAUCUUCCCUUCCUUUUUUCUUCUUCUAUAAAAUAAUCACACAUCCAGCUCGCAGCUUCCCUCGUUCCCUGCCUGCUGCCGUUGUUGCUGCCCCUCACCACCCCGCGCCCAUAGUCUGCACAAGACUCACCAUCGAACAAAACACGCGACUGGCCACCGGAACUGCGCCCGUCUUCUCCAUCACCAUGUCUCCCCACUCCACCCUCACCAGCACCUACCGCGCGCGGGCCUCGUUGCCCUCCGCCGGUCCUCUGGCCUCAUACCUGCUCAGUUUGAUGGCCGCCAAGCAGACCAAUCUCUGCCUCUCGGCCGAUGUCGAGACCUCUGCAGAAUUGCUGCAACUCGCCGAAGAAGUGGGCGACUCUAUCUGCUUGCUCAAAACACAUUGCGACAUUGUCACCGACUGGUCCGACAGGACAGCCCAGGCCCUAAGAGAGGUCGCCGCGCGCAAAUCCUUCCUUAUUUUUGAAGAUCGCAAAUUCGCUGAUAUUGGAGAAACCGUACAGAAGCAGUACACUUCUGGACACCACCGCAUCGCCCUGUGGGCCGAAAUCACAAACGCGCAUAUUCUGCCCGGUCCCGCCAUCGUUACCGCGCUCGAGAAAGCUGCCGAAACAACCAUUGCCAAGUACAACACUUCUGUAAACACCGAAAUCUCUGCUACACGGCAGGUAAACGGAGCAGGCGACGACGAAGAUGACGACCAAUUUGAUGACGACAUGAAAAAACCCGACUUCACCAUCGAGUCCCCAAUCGAGAUGGAGGGCGAAGAGAGAAGACUGAGCAUCCGCGCGCCCGACAGGAAGCAGAGUGUGGUGAGUGUCACGACUUCCAUAUCCAUGCGCACAGAAAGCAUAUCGCCUCGGCCCGAACCCAACGACAACGGAGAAGACGUCUUCAACCUCGAUAGUGCCACGGAGCUUAUCCGUCUUGGCCCGCCGCCGUUUCUGCGUUCGCUCCUUUUGCUCGCUGAAAUGAGCUCCGAGGGUCACCUCAUGACGCCCGAAUACCAGAAGACAACGGUUCAAAUUGCCCGCAGUCAUCGAGACUUUGUCAUGGGUUUCAUUGCCCAGCGCAGCUUGAACUCAGAGCCCGAAGACAACUUCAUUACCAUGACUCCAGGUUGUCAACUACCGCCUCCAGGUCAAGAGGGCAAGAAGCUAGGAGACGCCCUUGGCCAGCAGUACAACACCCCCCACAAGCUGAUUUACGACCAAGGAUGCGAUAUUAUCAUUGUCGGGCGUGGUAUUGUCCGAGCACAAGACCGCAAGUCAGAAGCAGAACGCUACAGGAAAGCUGCAUGGACAGCCUAUGAAGAGCGCGUACGAAAAGUAUAAGCGCCUGGUUUCAAAAUUAGUUCAUUUUUUUUUUCUCUUUUAACGUGGGUGAUGGCCCCAUGUAAUACUAUGUUGGCCAUCUACCCGACGUAUUGACUCUGUAUGGCUUGUCCUGAAAGGCUUUUUGAAGCGCCAAAUGUCUUUGAACACGACAAGCAAAAGCACAUCGUUACACUGAAGCGGCGGGACCCAUUCGGUAGGCGGAAACGACAAGUCUAGACGAACAGUGUGCGCCACUACAAAUUUGACUGCAAUACAGAUCAUGAAUCAUAUGCAAUGUCUGGUUUAAUUAUCAAUUACAAAGCUAUUCACCUCUUGUUCUACAGUCAAUCCCAUAUUACCCCUACUUGUCGAGUAUCCCUAAUAAAGUCUUUGCAUCAACUAACU